AUGUUUUUAGUCGUGGAAUGUUCUGCCCCAACUAUUCCUAACACAGUUCGCUCUCCGGCAACUGAAGUUUACAGAUUCAACAACACUGUUACCUUCACUUGCAACAGUGGGUAUCAAUUCAGCGAUUCCAGUUCCAGCUUCACACUGACAUGUAGUCUUAGAGAAGAAUUUGAAGGGGAGAGAAAAACAUGUAUCAGAACCUGUGAAUUCCUCCAUCUGGGCAAUCGCCAGAGACAAGUUACACAGCGUCCCGUUACCUUUGAGGGCCAAACUGUCACAUAUACAUGCACUGAGGGCUUCCAAUUCAACGAUACGUCAACAGUAAAGAACCUUACUUGCCGAGCCGAUGGAACAUUUGACCAGAAUUUACCUAGCUGUGUUCCUAUUUCGUGUGGUUUUCCUGCGGUGUUGCCUGGGGCUGGUACCCAAGCAGCGUCCACAGAUUCUAACAUAGGUGCCAGUGUCGGUGUGGGCGUUACAGGAGCAAUUGUACUGAUAUUACUUGUUGUAAUAGUUGUUGUAUUCGUCAAACGUAGACGGAAACGUAUGGCAAACCCAAAUGAAGAUAUCGAUGUAUCAAGCAACGGAAAGCUCAGCAACACAAUGCACACAACAUCCAAUACUCACGGUGACACAAAUCUGUACGAACUCGAGGGAGAAUGUCCAAUGGCAGACCGGUAUGAUCAGUCAAAUAAUAUGAGACAGAAUUCUAAUACCGAAAACCAGGCCUCUGAUGUACAGGAUCUAUAUGCCGUGCCUGACAAAUCCAAAAAGAGCAAAAAAGGCAAGAAGCAACAAAAUACCCCUGCAAGCUAUCCAGACAAUCCGUAUGAAUAUGUCAGCAAACCUUCUGCCCAGACAUCUUCCGUUUCAAGACAGGAUUGCAGCAGUACAUAUGAACUUGCAGGGCAGUUUCAAAAUGGAGGCUAUACCCAGUCUAUUGAUGAUGAUGAUGAAGUGGAGUUUGUUGAAAACGAUAUUUAUGAAACAGGAGACUUUGACAACAUGGGCUAUGCAUAAGUUGAAAACGACAUUUAUAAUUCGUCGGUGUAAUUUUAUUUAAGAAAAGUUGCGGUCCUUUAUGUUUUAUAUUUGGAACCUUAUCUCAAUGUUUGCGUUACUAGUAAGUUGGGACAUAAAGGCCUGUGCAAAAUACUCUUCAUAAUACCCCUAAGUAUUCAUGUACUGUAAAAAGGCUUAGGAUCAUUUUCUGGUAAAAUUGCGGAAACCUAUAUUUAUUUCUUUGACCAAAGUUUGCUUACAAUAGAAAUCCGGUUUUAUCAGCGAUGAUGUAGGCCUAUAUAUGCGGAAACUUAAAUUCGGAAUUACUAAUAGAAAUUUCCUUGUCCAGAUAUCGUUACUUUAGUAUAGAAAUAUGGGCUUUAAAAUACCCUUUUGUGGCUUUCAACAUGAAGGGAUUCAGACUAGUGGAUAACCAUAUAAAAACUGAGAUGUGAUGAUUUUUUCGUCCUGGAACAUACUCAGUGUUGUAUGGGAAUUGUACAUGAUCAUAGAUUUUCAUAUAUAGUAGUCAAAUUUUUAUUUUCCUGACAUACUAACUGUUUUUUAAUUAAGUGAAAAUGAUAAUUAAAAAAUACGUACAUUAAUUUUAAGCUGUUGGAAUUUGAGAAUACAAAACUCUAGCAAUUAUUAUGCACCACACAUUUUAUGAUCUAUCACGUGUUUCACAGCGAAGGGUCUAUAGCACUUCGUACUGGAGUUGUUGUGAUAUUGAAAGUUUUAGGCCUACUUCAGUAGUGUAAUAUUUUGUUGUCAUUUCUUUAUAUGUAUGUACAUGUAAGUACGCCUAUCACAGCUUAAAAGGGCCGGGGUGCAGGUAUAUGUCAUAACUAUAUAGGCUACACUAUUUACUUCAGUGUUGUAAUGUUUACAGGGGCGGAUUUAGGCCG